CAAGGAAAAAGCUCAGCUUUAUUAUGACAGCAAAUGUCAAAUAUUUGUUGACGAAAGAUAUUUACGUGCCGUAUUUCUUCACAUAAGCAAAGGUGUUUAAAUUAGAAAAAAUACGAAAUGUUAGUCUGCUAUCUCUAGCCUUUAAGGAUGUCCCAUCAACAAAUAGUCGGCGACAUUCUACAUUUGAAUGUUGGAGGAAAAAGGUUUAGUACGUCUCGUCAAACUUUAACCCUCAUUCCGGAUACAUUUUUUACUGCCCUUCUAAAUGGUCGAAUAUCCAGUUUACGGGAUGAAAAAGGUGCAAUAUUCAUUGAUAGAGACCCCAAAAUAUUUUCCAUAAUCCUCAACUAUCUGAGGACUAGGGAUAUUGAACUGAAUGGGAUAGAUUUAAGAAUACUUAGACAUGAAGCAGAAUAUUAUAAUAUUGCUCCACUUGUUAAACGACUGAUGCUAUGUGAAGAAUUGACUGAAUCUAUUUGUGGAGAUGUUUUAUUCUAUGGCUCUCUACCACCACCAAAUAUACCGAUGCACGUGCCUUGUAACACACCGUACGUGGAAACCACUGCGGUACAUCAGUCUGGGGGCUCAACAAGCCGUCCCGCUGAUUCUUCUGUGACUACGACGGAUUCUAGCAAACCUUCUACGUCCAGAGUGGUUUCUAAUUCUGGCGAAGGUAUCAAUACUGACAAUCAUCAUCCAAAAGGACAACUCGUGCAACAGCAUGUCGUAGCCAAUAAUGGAUACAUCCAAAAUCGACAAGGUCAUUCGAGGAACUCGUCUUUGGAACUGCGUAUGGGCAUAUCAACGAAUUAUAGUCGUAGCUCCCAAGACUUACGGGGCAUUUCAAGUCGUGGACAUUCCAGGGCCGCGUCCCUGGAUCUGAGACAUGCCAGGAAUUCGUCGGCUGAUCUCAAUAAACUCGUUAGGAAUGAUGUGGGUCUUGUCUUUGGUACUGCGAGUUCAAGUUGGGCAGAUCCGCUUAGAGUACAGAUCAUCAAAGCUCAUCAUAAUUGGAUUGUUGCUGGGUACGCCCACUUUGUGGUCUGUUACAGGUUAAAGGAUUCAAGCGGCUGGCAACAAGUUUUUACCAGUCCUUACAUUGAUAGCUGUAUUGAAAGAAUUGCAAUUAAUGCAAAAAUGGGUUCCUCUGAGACUUCCAAAAUGGUAGCUAUUUCUUAUAGCAGUCAAGUUAGAUUGUGGGGUAUUUCCGAUGGAGGGGCAAGAACUGAUAUAGGCACGUUCAAUUUACAUGUGAGGGUGGAGUACCUAUUUUUUAUUGGUAGUCAACUAGUAGCUCUGUCUCCGUCUGGAAAAUUAGGAGUUUGGCAUGCCAUGACACAACAUUGGCAGACACAGGAUGUGAUGCCAAUAGCUUCUUUUGACACAGCAGGUUCUAUACUUUUGUUAGGUUGCAACAAUGGAUGCAUUUAUUACAUAGAUAUGCAAAAGUUUCCACUACGAAUGAAGGAUAAUGAUCUAUUAGUAACUGAGCUCUACAGGGAUCCGAAUAACGAUACAGUAACAGCAAUUUCGGUUUACCUGACACCAAAAACCAAUUUAUGCGGGAACUGGAUUGAAAUUGCAUACGGCACGACCUCAGGCGCCGUGCGUGUUAUCGUACAGCAUCCAGAGACCGUCGGACAUGGACCACAACUAUUUCAGACCUUUACUGUACACCAGAGUAAAGUUAUAAAGGUAACUUUGUCCGAGAAAUACCUAGUGUCGGUUUGUUCCGAAUACAAUCACGUGAGAAGCUGGCGCGUCACCAGAUUCAGAGGAAUGCUCUCCACUCAACCGGGAUCUACUCCGGAAGCUUCGUUUAAGAUCGUGGCUUUAGAAGCAGUGGAACCUACCAUCAGUCAUUCGGUCGCAAACGAUUGUGGUCCGUUCGGAGAACAGGACGAUGAGCAGGUUUUCGUCCAGAAAGUGGUACCAGAUGCCGACCAGCUUUUCGUCAGACUGGCAAGCAAUGGGAAAAGGGUGUGUGUCAUAAAAGCCGUGGAUGGCAGCACAGUCAGCUCUUUCUGUGUUCACGAAUGCGAGGGUUCAAGUAGGAUGGGCUCCAGGCCAAGGAGGUUCAUCUUCACUGGUCACUCUAACGGAUCUAUACAGAUGUGGGACCUAACCACGGCCCUUGAUCUCACCUAUAAGACUGAAUUAGCAGAAAAGACUAAUGGCGGUCCAUCGACUGAGGAAUUGUUAAGAAUGUUGGACACCUGCGACAUCAGCAAUAGCCUGUGUUCUACCCCGUGUAUGUCUCCGUCACCAUCAUUAGCCGCUGCAGCGAGACUCAAAACCAGUAAUAUUGCUUUCCUCAAUCAGAACUGUGGCGACUGCUUAAAUUCUACCUAAAACAACUUUGGGCGCUGCUCCAGGAUGAAUUAGUUAACAUUACUGCAGAUUAAGCUGUUCUGUACUGUUAUCGAGAUGUACUGAAUCCGAAAUUAUUAAUUCGCCGUUAAACAGGGUGUUUCACAACUUAUGCAGCACUCUGUUUAAUGUGACAAUUUGAUUUGAAUUUCAUAAAUCGAUUAAUAGAAAUAUCAUAUUUCGAAAUCGUUUUCGGCAUUUUUUAAAAUGUAAAAAAGCGGAAUGUUUGUUGCAAAACAGUGUUACAACAAAUGAUUGUUUAUAUUGUUAAUUGUUUUUUACUAUUGAUUUAGUAAUUUAUUUGGCUGAAUAACUAAGAGUUUGAAACCCAUUAUUGAGAGGUACUUCAAGCGCAAGAAAAUGUUUUAUUACUGAGGUUUGAAUUUCUUUGAAAAUUGUCAACUAAGACGUUUUCUAAGGUAAUUUUAUCGAGCUCAUAUUUAUUUAGACUUAUUUAGUUUUUAGACUAGCAUCAAGAUUGUUUACUUUUAGGGAGUAGUACAAGAGGUUAGUUAAAAUUUCGAUCUACUGAAAGACUAAUUUAUGGUACAAACAAGUAUUUAUUUUAGUGGGUUUUUCCUCUUAUUCAGUCAACCUAUAGUGUCAAUAGAUGUAAAACUUGAUCCUUGUAGAUUGUUAAAUAUUGCCAACACUUAUACCUUUAUGAAAUAUAAAUAUUUUAAUGAGAUUUAUAUAUACAUUGUAUUCAAUUGUGAUAUACUACUAUUUAUAAUCUUAGAUCAUUGCUGUAUUUGGUUAAUAAAAAUACGUUUUACACUCCAA